AUGUCUCUGGAACUACACCAUCUUCACCUUUCGCAGAGCGAGAGGGUCGUGUGGUUGUUAGAGGAGCUCAAAGUGCCAUACACCCUGCACGUCUACGAGAGAGACCCACAGACAGCCCUCGCACCUCAAGACCUGAAGGGCGUCAACCCAUUUGGCACAGCGCCCUACUUCAGAGACACCACCGUGUCGCCUCCCGUGAGCCUGUCUGAGUCCGGCGCCAUCGUGGACUACAUCCUCAGCGUGCAUGGCGGCAACACCGCUCCCGGCAGCGGCGUGCCGCGGCUGGUCAGGACGCCCGACGAUAGGGACUACGGCGACUACCUGCAGUGGCUGCACUAUGCGAACGGGUCGCUGCAGCCCGGUGUCUCAAGGCUCAUGACUUUCCUGCUAUCCGGAAUUGGGGAUGACAACCCCAUGUCGCAGAUCUUCACCAAGAGGAACCAGACGCAGAUGAAGCUCCUGGACGAGCGGCUCGCGAACAACAAGUUCCUCGCCGGCGCGCAGAUAAGUGCCGCCGACAUCAUGAGCGUCUUUUCCCUGACCACGAUGCGGGGAUUCGUUCCAUUUAUAGACCUGGGGCCGUAUCCUAACAUCCUGCGAUAUCUCAAGGACGUGGCGGAGAGGCCGGCAUACCAAGAGGCGCUGAAGAAGGGAGAUCAUGGGAUGGCCCCGAUGAAUACGCCUAAGGUGAAGGGUUUCACCCAGUUCGCGGCCUUCAAGCCAGCACUUGAGAAGUACAACUGA